UGGCGUCAGUCGUCGAUCGAGCUUAAGCACGUCGAGUUAAACCCACGAACCCGCUGUGUAACAACUUGAAAUUAUCGCAAAUAGGAUUAAGCAUGAGAUUGCUAGUUUUGGUGCUGUUGAUUGCAGCGCUGGGCAGCGCACAGGAUGCAGCGCAACAACAGCAGGCGACAGUUGUCAGCGGCGAUGCAGCAGCUGCCACUGUCGAUAGCUUGACGGAUGCCGCAGACACGCCCACGGACACAACAAAUGGAACAGCAACGGAUGCGGCUGGAACUAAGCCACGUUUCCCCACACGGGACGAGAUCCUCGGCCAGAUGCCUCCGGUGUUGCCGGUGCGCAGCGGUAUUCCUCCGGUUGAUGCCUUCUACUUGAUGUUCCCCGCGCUCAGCAGCCUGCUGCGUUGGGGCAGCCUCUUCCCCGCCCAGUCCAUACUGGGCGCCAUGCCCGACAAUCUGCAGCAGUCGGCCUCCAAGGUGGUCCUCGUGCUGGCCGACGAUGCGAAUGCCCAGAAGUCGCGUGUCACCCGCCAGAAUGCGCCGAUUGUGCCACCGAAUCCAUUGAAUGCACCCGUGAUGUUGCAGCAGCUGCUCAGCCAAAUGCCACAGCCGAAUCUCGGCCAGAGUUGGCUGCCCGAUGGUCUGGUGGGACAAAUGCCGCCACUGCCCAACAUACAGGACUUUAAUCUUGGUCAACCACUUGCGGGUCUACAAUUGCCAUCCCUCGAUGGUCUCUUGGGUGCACCACCGCCAGCUCCAGCUGCCGUAACCCCCCCUCCACCGCCGCCAGCUGCAGCGAAGGCUGCCACCGAUGAUGUGGCUCAAGCGCCGCCCGCCGUGGCCCAAGCACCACCGCCGCCAUUUGCCGGUUUCUUCGAUGGCACCAACAACAUGCUGGGCAGCGCCUUGGCUGCCAUGCCCCAAGCGCCCACACCUGACGCCUUCAUGGCUGGUCUCCGACAAUUCUGGCCAGGAGCAGCGCCCGCUGCCGCUGCCGAUGCGACCGCUCAAGCUUCGGACAUCUCGGAGGUGCGUGUGAAACCCGAAACGCCUGAAAGCGGCAGUAUCAUCAACUACAGAGAUCCAGAGCAAAGGGAGGCGCAGUUGGCACAGCUCAAACUGAAGUCAGCACUGCAAAUGGAGCAGGAUAAACAACGUGUGCCAUUGUUGUGGUUCCGCAUGCCACCAACGAGCAGCAACACGAAGACUACGAACAGUCCCACGGAACAGCGCGAGAUUGAGUCGAAACUGCAAAUGUUUGAGCGUCAGGUGAUUGCCGAAUUGAAGCUGCUGCAGCAGAUUGAGGCUCUAGCUCGCGAGAUGCGCGCCAAUGCACAGGAAGGAGGACGUCAGCAGCAGCAGCAGCCGGCUUACAAGCUGCGUUAUCCUUUGAGUCGGACGCCUGUGCAUAAGAUCACACGAUCGGACAUUGAGCGGGCGCUGCGCGAUGAUUAUGUGCGACGUCUGUUGAACAAGGAAGCGCAACGCAAGGUGCAGGGAAGCGCAGCGUUCAAGCGUCAGGCGACGACGUCGACGACAACGCCACAGCAAACGCUCUCCAAGGAGGACAUCGUCAAUGUGAUGGCCUAUGCUUACAGGCUGGCCAACGAGAAGCAACGAGCAGCAGCCACAGCUGAGACGACGCCACAAAUGCAACAACAGCAGCGACAGUGGGAAGCGGCAGAGCAACAGGCAGUCAAGGAAAAGACUCAACAGCAGCAGCAGCAACAGGAGAUGAUGAUGCGUCAGAUGAUGUCGCAACCAAUGGAACAGCAGCAGCAGCAACAGUUUCUGAUGCAGCGUCAGUGGAUGGAGGAGCAGGCAAAGCGACAGCAGCAACAGGCACAACAGGAAGCCAUGGCCAGGCAAAUGGAGACGAUGCAACGCCAGGCAGCGAUCGAUCAGCAGCAACAGCAACAGUUGGCGGAACGUCAAUGGGCGGAUGCCAAGAUGCGGGCAAUGCAGCAGCAACGUCAGUGGACGGAGGAGACAAUGAAGCUGAAGCAGCAACAGCAGCAGCUGCAGCAACAGGCACAACAGCAACGUCAGUGGACAGAGGAGGCAAUGAAGCAGCAAACAAUGCAGCAGCAACCAAUGCAGCAGCAACAGCAACCAAUAAUGGAGCAACAGCAACAACUGCGUCAAUGGGAACAACCAGCGGAGCGUCAAUGGGCAGAUGAGAAGAUGAAGGCCAUGAGGCAGCAGGCAGAGCAGCAGCGUCAGUGGUCAGAGGAGUCCAUAAGACAGCAACAACAACAGCAGCAGCAACAAGCGGAGCAGCAACAGCAAAUGCGUCAAUGGUCAGAAGAUGCCACAAAGUUGAAGCAACAGCAGCAAGCUGAGCAAAUGCGUCAAUGGUCAGAAGAUGCCACAAAGUUGAAGCAACAGCAACAAGCUGAGCAAAUGCGUCAAUGGUCAGAAGACGCCACGAAGUUGAAGCAACAACAACAGCAACAAGCAGAACAACAACAGUUGCGCCAAUGGGAACAAGCUGAAGAUCAACAGCAGCAGCCACGUCAGUGGACAGAAGAUGCGACAAAGGUGAAGCAACAGGAGCAGCAGCAACAAGCGGAGCAACAACCAAUGCGCAUGGAGACGGACGGCGAUGGCCUGAUGGUGGGUGAGGCGACGCCACAAAUGACGGAUACCGAUGGCAAGGAGCGUCACAAAGUCGACGUUUUGGGUUUGGGCGGCAAUCAUCACAAGAAGGCCAAGUCAAAGGGCGCACCAACGAUCAUCAAUUACUAUCAGCAGGCGCCACCACCACGUCCAGUUGCCUAUCAUUAUGCCCCACCGGCGCCAAGCAGCUAUGGUACCAGCUAUGGCGGCGGCGGUUACGGAUCGAAUGCCUACGGUGGCUACCGGGCGGCAGUCGGCAAUGAUGCCAUCGACAGCAUGCUGCGCGAACAUCAGGUCUUGGCGGCGGCAAUAAAACCUCCCACCGAUGACAACAGCAACACGACCACAGCAACUUUGACGACCGACGACGACAACAACAAUCAUCGCAUACAGAAAAGUCAAUCAUCAGCAUCAACAUCAACAUCAUCACAUACAUCAGCCACAACCACAACCACAUCCACAUCUUCGACCGGCGAGGAAAACGACGCUUUGCUAAGAGCCCCGAAGGGUUUCAGCGACAAUCUGCUGCGUCCCUACAUGGGUCUCUUGCCCAUCGCCCAGCCCCACGAUCCCUGGACGGAGAAAGCCUUUAAUCCCCAACAUGCGCUCUACAACGGCGGCGGCAGUUAUGAACCGUAUUUGCGACCCCGUCGGGACACUCACAUUAUGCCAACGCCGGUGCAAAGCCAUCAGCUCCUGACGCCGGGCAUGCUCGAGCGUCUGUUGCGCAUUAAGGCGGAGUUUCAGCGACGGUUUCCGCAUCUGUAUCAGGGCAUGCUCAAUCAUCAAACGAAUCAGACGCGUGUCGUUGUUAAGCCGCCGUUGCUGGUACGCAACGAACCGAAACUUAAGAGCGAUUCAACGCCUGUCUACGAGCUGGGAGCUGCGGAGCGAGGUCUUUUCGAUGAGCCAAGCAGCGAUGUGGAAGCGACUAGCGAACGCAUCGUUGAGAAGAAAAAGAAACAACACCGAGACGACGACAACGACGACGAUGACGAUGUGGAUUUCUUUCGCUUUGAGGAUGAGGAUUUGGAAGACAACAACGAUCAUGAUCAUCACAACAACGAUAACGAUAAGGAUGUUGAGCCUUUUGAUGACUAAACUGACCGUUAUUAUCCAAUAUUAUGUACACAACAAAUAAACGAGAAACUAGAAAUGUAUAAUACUAU